CAGUCAUCCGCGCUCCAUCAUGUCAGAUUGGCGGCUUUGCACAGGCUUGGGACAGAUUGCCUUGUAGUCUAUCCCACAGCCACACACGCAUGCGAUAUGUGAAAGCCAAUGCCGAUGAUUUGUGGACAAUGUCCAGCCGUCCAGGUGAGUACGCUGAGUGGCGCCGAGCACAAUCUUGGCUUCUCUUCGGCACCGCUUGCACUUUAUCUGUAUCACGAAUUUCGGAUAUCCUGUGCGAUUUAGAGAUUCCGUAUACAAAGGAGAGCAACGUCCCUAUUCGGACUGCGGAGAGGACCGCCGCUUGAUAUAUUGCCGGCAUUGUAAUGCAUCGACUAUAAAUUCGUCUUUUCCCAUGUCGUGAACAAAUGUUGAUCGGAUCUGAAAUGUCACCCUGCCAUCCCGCGACGCGUCGAUCUCCUGGAAAGGUAACUUUCGUAGUCGAACAGCAGUAUCAAGCCUCUCGAGCAGAGUCACCACAGUCUCUUUGUCUACCAUGAAGUUCUCACUUGCUACUGUUGCUGCCUGCGUCUCUGCAGUGCAAGCUCACGCCAUCUUCCAGAAAGUGUCCGUCAACGGCAAGGAUAUGGGCCAACUGACGGGCAUCCGGGCCCCUAGUAACAACAACCCCGUCAUGGACGUCAACUCCAACUCCUUGACCUGCGGCACCCCGGGAACCACCUCCUCCGCCGUCAUCGACGUCCCCUCCGGCGCCAGGGUUGGCGCCUACUACGGCCACAUCAUCGGCGGCGCCCAGAUCCCCAACGACCCCGACCACCCCAUCGCCGCCUCGCACAAGGGCCCCAUUCAGGUCUACCUGGCCAAGGUCGACAACGCCGCCUCGGCCAACCCUAACAGCGCCGACUGGUUCAAGAUCGACUCGGUCGGCUUCGACUCGGGCUCCAAGAAGUGGGCCGUCGACACCUUGAUUCAGAACCAGGGCUGGCACUACUUCAACCUGCCUUCGUGCGUCGCCCCCGGCCAGUACCUGAUGCGCGUCGAGCUGCUGGCCCUGCACUCGGCCAGCAGGCAGAACCAGUUCCAGUUCUACAGCUCGUGCGCCCAGAUCAACGUCUCGGGCUCUGGCGGCUUCUCCCCCUCCCAGACCGUCAAGUUCCCCGGCGCCUACACGGCAACCGACCGUGGCAUCCUCGUCAACAUUUACGGUGCCAACGGCGCCACCGACAUGUCCGGUUCCGGAGGCGUCUACUACCCACCUGGACCGGCCGUUAUCAACUGUUAAGGUGGGCUUCGGGGCGAGCUUGAAAUCUGUUUUUUUUUUUUUUUCUUUUUUGUUUUGGUAUAC